UCGUCCACAAAGUCACCUCGUUUUGUGUCGGUCAGACAGUUAGCUGAGCUAGCAGAGUUAGCCUGAUCACAGGACCAGAGAGGGAAGGUCGAAAGUAGGACAGCAACAUCCUCUCUAUCCAUUAAACUGUACUUUAUUGCCCCGACAACGGUACGCAACUAGGCGAAGGCUAAACUCUGCACGCUUUUCAGUCAGUGGCCUUUAAAAAGCCGUUAGCUAGCUAACUUUAGCAGGCUAGCUUCAAAUUUCACUGUCUACAUUUCCAUCUGGACUUUUACAAUCAUGGCUGCACUGAGAGCGUCCUAUCACAGGAUUUUGGACAGGAUCGAGCAUAUACUGCCGGCCAAACUGAGACCUUUAUACAACCACCCGGCAGGCCCAAAAACGGUUUUCUUCUGGGCCCCAAUGUUUAAAUGGGGUCUGGUUUUCGCUGGAUUGGCUGAUAUGACUCGACCAGCAGAAAAACUCAGCACCUCCCAGUCUGGAGUGCUGACAGCCACAGGUCUGAUCUGGUCCAGAUAUUCGCUGGUCAUUAUCCCGAAAAACUGGAACCUCUUUGCCGUCAACUUCUUUGUUGGCAGUGCAGGAGCCUCCCAGCUCUAUAGGAUUUGGAGGUACCACCAGGACCAGAAGGCACAAGAAGCCAAGGCGGCUGCAGAGUCCUGAGUGCUUUUCUGUUGCCAACGCUCCACUUUGGUGGACUCAAAGGGAGACUGCAUCGGGCAUGAACCUGCCCCUUCUAAUCAUCAUCAUCAUCAUCAUCUCCACCUCAUCAAAGUCGUCUCCGUAACAUCCAUGCCAUAGUCAUUAUUUUACCACACCAAGCCUGUUUGCCCUGUUGGAAAUGUGCACUUCUCCUUAAGUUUCCAAUUUCCUCAGGGCAUUUUAAAAAAAAAUAAAAUAAAAAGGAUAAAGUUAAGGACGUUUUUUUAACUGUAGUCAACACAAACUCAAGAAUGGUUGUCAUCAGCGCACAAUAAUACUUGUUCAGCAAGUUGUAUGAUUGUACAUUAAUUUAAGUUCAUGCUUUAUAUCUCAUGCACUAGUUGGGAAGUUUUUUGCUUUUUCCAUCAUCAUUUUUCGAGUGUAGCAAUCAGUACCUCAUGCAAUAAUUUCCCAAACAUGUAAAUCUUGGAUGUGUGUUGAACGUGGUUUAAGGAAUGUUUUCCCAAUGAAUUUAAGACAGGUUUUGUCACUUUUAUCAUUUCCGUACUUAUUUAUAAUUUGGUUCCAGCCACAGCAUCUGUUUCUCUUAUAAUUAAAUCAGUAUUGAUAACGUACCAAUUUCUUCCAUUUACAUUUUUUUUUACAAAUGGCUUUAACACGUACUGUGUGUGAACAAAUCCUGAUUUAUAAAUCGACGUUCUAACUUGAAUGAAAUUUUUCUUGUCAUCAGAAAUGUACAGGCAGAAGCUGUUAUUUUUGGUUCUUAAUAUUUAUACCAAUGCCACUUAUUUAACCUGUGCAGCUGUUUGUUGUUACCCAAGAGUCGACCAUCAGACUUUUAUCGCAACCUUGCUGUUAAAUGCCUCUUUGUUCUUAGAAAGGUGUUGUAUAUUUUCUGUAAGACUACUUUCUUUAACAUGUUCUCACUGUAAUUAUACAUUUUAAUCACGUUUUACUAUUUUAUCAAUAAUUGGAGUGAUGACGUAAAUUAUUUCUGAACCUGCUGAAUGAAAAAAAAUGGCAUCUUGAGAGUUGAUUUGUGGUGACUCUGUGGCAAAGUGAUGCUAAUAAAUCCUUUUAACACCAA